AUGGGAUCUGCAGUCUUCUUUGUGCUCCUCUCCUCCCUGAUGAUGUCAUCAGUGCAUGCCGUGCUAUGUCCUCUGCAGUGUGUGUGUGAGACGCGACCCUGGUACACGCCUCAGUCCGUUUAUCACCAGGCGAGGACCGUCGACUGCAACGAGCUCCACCUGCAGAGAGUCCCAGCGAACAUCUCUGCUCACACACAGGUGUUGCUGCUGCAGAGUAACAACAUCUCCUCCAUCACCACUGAACUGCUGAGUCUGACCAACCUGACAGAGCUCGACCUGUCACAGAACCACUUCAAACAGGUAAGCUCGAUGGGCCUGUCCUCUCUGGGUCACCUCGUCACUCUGUACCUAGAGGAGAACAAGAUCGAGGAGCUGGAGGACUUCAGCCUGAGGAACCUUUCCAGCCUGGAGGAGCUUUACAUAAACCACAACCACAUCUCCUCCAUCGGACCCAAAGCCUUCGCCGGCCUCACCAACCUGCUGCGGCUCCACCUGAACUCCAACCGUCUGGUGGCGAUCGACAGCCGCUGGUUCGAGUCCCUUCCCUCGCUGGAGAUCCUGAUGAUCGGGGAGAACCCCAUCCUGGGUCUGGAGGAGAAGAACUUCCUGCCUCUGUCCCGGCUGCACAGUCUGGUGCUGGCUGGGAUGGGACUGGCCUCUAUCCCCUCCGCAGCCUUCCUGGGCCUCGACUACCUAGAGAGUCUCUCCUUCUACGACAACCGGCUCAGGUCUGUCCCCCGAGACGCUCUGAGCGUGCUCCCUAACCUCAAGUUCUUGGACCUGAACAAGAACCCGAUCAGCCGAAUCCAGCAGGGAGAUUUCCAGAACCUUCAACACCUGGAGGAGCUCAGUGUGAACAACAUGGAGCAGCUGCUGAUGGUGGAGCGAUCAGCUUUCCAGAACCUUCCAGAAAUCGCCAAACUGGAGCUGUGCAACAAUCCUCGGCUGUCCUACAUCGACCCGCAGGCCUUCAGUGAUCUAUCCUCCCUCCGUACUCUCCUCCUCAACAACAACCAGCUGAGCCUCCUCUCUGGUGACCUCCUCUCCUCCUUGCCGUCCCUGGAGGAGGUGUCUCUUCACUCCAACCCUCUGCGCUGUGACUGUCUCUCCUCUUGGGGGCCUCACCUCGGCAACCAAUCACAUCUCAAGCUGCUCGGCUCCUCCGUCACGCUCUGCUCCUCGCCGCCUCACCUGAUUGGUCGGGAGCUGCAGGAGGUGGUGGCGGUGGGAUGGGGAGGUGUAGACGGAGGAGGAGCGGGAGCCAACAGCUGCCUGCCACACAUCUCCGCUCACGCGUUUCCACCGGCGAUGAACAUCAGCGGCGGGCAGCCAAUCACGCUGGAGUGCUGGGCGGACGCUGACCCCGCCCCCCAAUUCUACUGGGUCACGCCCACUGGAGACAAGGUGAGCUCGGAGGCGGUGGCUGCACCAAUCAUAUCAGAGGAGGGGCGUGGCCUGAGCAGGAAGAAGAAGAAGCACCGCGUGUCUGAGCCGGGAGCGCUGGUGAUCGAACACGCUGAGCCGUCAGACGCAGGUGUGUAUACCUGUGUAGCGUGGAACAUAGAGGGAGCAGACACAAAGAGCGUCUCAGUGUUUGUGGACUCUCAUGGUUCUCUGGCUCCGUGGUCGGGCAGCAGGGGGAGCUGGGAUGGCGUCCAGCCCAGCAGAGAGCAGCUCUGGCUGGGCAACUCGUCCAGCGCUGCGGCCUCGCUGGUGGUGCUGGCGAAGGUGGUUCACGCUCAGUCGGUGGUGUUGGAGUGGAAGUUGUAUCCCAGCGGAGGAGCUUCGUCUGUGGGUCAGAACCAGCAGGACUCCGCCCUUCCUCUGCCGCGGUGGACCAGCGCCACCGUGCACAUCGACAACCCUCAGAUCAGCUACACGGCCAAGGUUCCCGUAGACGUUCAGGAGUAUAACCUGACUCACCUCCUCCCUGCCACAGAGUACCACAUCUGCCUCACCGUCUCCUCCUCUCCUCCCUCACCCACUUCCUCCUCUUCCUCCUCCCCUAGCUCCUCCCCUGAAACCACCCCUCCCUCCUCCUCUUCCUCCUCCCCUUCCUCUCCUGCUCACACCUCCUGUCUCAACGUCACCACUAAGGAGGCGGGUUUCUCUGUGGAGCUGGUGGCGUCGCGUCGCAGCAGUGUGGCGCUGGCGGCCGUGAUGGGCUCCAUGUUCGCUCUGUCCAUCAUGGCGCUGCUGGUGGUCUACAUGGGCCGGCGCGUGCAGCAGCACAAGUCCUGCGGCCACUCGCUGAAGAAGUACAUGCAGCACGCCAUGUCCAUCCCCCUGAACGAGCUGUACCCGCCGCUCAUCACGCUGUGGGAGAGCGAGACCGAGAAGGACAAGGACGACAAGGAGGAGGAGGACGAGGAUGAGGAGGAGCGGCAGGGCAGGGAGAGGGAGGAGGAGGCGACGGGAAGCCAGAUCGACACAACAAAGACGUACAUGUGGUAG